AUGAGCACCUCGCCUCCUUUGCGCAAGCUCAAUUCGCACGUCUCCUUGUUGGACUCUUCGCGUGUACAAUCGCCAAAUCCGCUGCACCCUUCAGUCAUUCUGUUAUUUGGAUGGCUUGAAGCCGAGCCUGCAUAUUUGCAGAAAUAUGUGGAUCGGCUGCACGCCAAUUUCCCCACCUCUACCAUCGUCCUCAUCAAGGCUGAUACGUCUUGGUACUUCAGUUCCGAGUCAUCGCUGGAAAAGGAAGUCUUACCCGCAGUCCAUACCAUUCGGAGAGAGUUGAGCGAUGCGGACAGGACUAGGGGAGUCCUGGUGCAUGUGCUCUCGAACGGUGGUGCUUUACAGCUCGUCACUCUGCGCAAGGCCUUGGCCAAGUCAGGUGCUACGGAACACCCGGCCAGUCGACGUUCCCGACUACCGAUAGCUCUCGUACUCGACUCAACACCGGCAUCGAGUGAACUUGCGUCCGCAAUCCAAUCAUGGGCACCCGCGAAUACGCUGAUGCGUUGGCUCGCGAUACCACCCAUAACGAUGCUGUACACGGGGUUCUAUAUAGCUAACGCGCUCGCCGGACACCCGCCUGUCUUCCGCGCCAUACGGGACGAACUGAAAUCGGCCGACCUGUUGCCGACUGUCACGAACCGUGGCGAGCCCGAGGCAAUUCCUCGUGCUUACUUCACGUCUAACAAGGAUGUGAUCACGCCGAUGAAGGACGUUGAGACACACUACGCGGAGGUGGUAGCUCUAGGCUUCGAUGCGACGAUAGAGCGGUUCGUCGGCUCUGCGCACGUCUCGCAUGCAAGACUGGACCCGGACAGGUAUUGGCGCGCUGUGAACAAUGUUUGGAAAAGGGCACUCCAGAAAAGCGGACAUGGUCGAGUUCUUGCGUCACUGUAG